CCUAAGGGGAAAGAACGCGCCAGAGAAAAUGUGCCCUUCCCGCCACUGCUGGGUCGCGAAGUGAGUGUGGGAGGAACACUUGCCCCUCUCCCCCUCCCCCCCGGGAAUUGUGGCUUCACUGUCCUUCCCGCCUAGGAAGUUGUUCCUGCCCGCGGACGGCCCCCGCACGACUGGGCGGGGCGGUGCCGGCUGUGUCGCUUCUGAGGUAGAAGACGCGCGCGGAGGGAGCGUCCCUUAGAUCCGCCUGUGUUUGUGACGUCCCUGCCGCCUAGGUUUUACCCUGCAGCAGCCGACCUACAUAAUAAAAGAAAUUUCGAGCCAAAUAUUGGAAGAGAUGUCAGAAGAUUCAGAAAAGGAAGACUAUUCAGACAGAACAAUCAGUGAUGAAGAUGAAUCAGAUGAGGAUACCUUUAUGAAGUUUGUAAAUGAAGACAUCCAUCAGUGUGCACUUUUAACAGCUGACUCUAUUAGUGACCCAUUUUUCCCCGGGACUACACAGAUACUAUUGGAAUAUCAGCUAGGGAGAUGGGUGCCACGUCUUCGUGAACCACGAGAUUUAUAUGGUGUCUCUUCUUCUGGUCCGCUGAGCCCAACACGGUGGCCAUACCACUGUGAGGUCAUUGAUGAAAAAAUCGAACAUAUUGAUUGGACCCCUUCGAAUCCUGAGCCAAUGUACAUCCCCACGGGCCUGGAGAUGGAACCCCUUUAUGCAAACUCCAAGGAAGAAACUGUGGUUUAUCUAGCCGAAGAUGCCUACAAAGAGCCGUGUUUUGUAUAUUCCCGAGUUGGGGGCAACCGGACACCCUUGAAGCAGCCUGUGGAUAACUGUGACGAUACUUUGAUGUUUGAAGCAAGGUUUGAGAGUGGUAAUCUGCAGAAGGUAGUCAAAGUGGCAGAAUAUGAAUACCAGCUGACUGUGCGACCUGACCUGUUCACAAAUAAACACACCCAGUGGUACUAUUUCCAAGUCACUAAUACUCAAGCAGGAAUAGUCUACAGAUUCACUAUUAUCAAUUUCACCAAGCCUGCUAGUCUUUAUAAUCGGGGUAUGCGCCCACUGUUUUAUUCUGAGAAAGAGGCCAGCGCUCAUAAUAUUGGCUGGCAGAGAAUAGGAGACCAGAUCAAGUAUUAUAGAAACAACCAGGGGCAAGAUAGGCACCAUCAUUUUUCACUUACAUGGACGUUUCAAUUUCCACACAGUAAAGAUACCUGCUACUUUGCUCACUGCUAUCCGUACACUUACACAAACCUGCAAGAAUACCUGUCUGGCAUCAAUAAUGACCCAGUACGGUCAAAGUUUUGUAAAAUACGUGUCUUGUGCCACACAAUUGCUAGGAACAUGGUGUAUAUUUUAACGAUUACUACCCCCUUGAAGAACAGUGAGUCAAGAAAGCGGAAGGCCGUGAUUCUGACUGCAAGGGUACAUCCAGGAGAAACCAACAGCUCUUGGAUCAUGAAAGGCUUCCUAGAUUAUAUUUUAGGAAACUCAAGUGAUGCAAAGUUGCUUCGGGACACGUUCGUCUUCAAGGUGGUACCCAUGCUGAAUCCAGAUGGUGUGAUUGUAGGAAAUUAUCGUUGUUCCUUAGCUGGACGGGAUUUAAACCGUAACUAUACAUCUCUCCUGAAGGAAUCAUUUCCUUCUGUCUGGUAUACCCGGAACAUGAUCCGGAGAUUGAUGGAGAAACGAGAGGUUAUUUUGUAUUGUGACCUUCAUGGCCAUAGCAAGAAAGAGAACAUAUUCAUGUAUGGCUGUGAUGGUAGUGAUAGAUGUAAAGCAUUAUACUUACAGCAACGAAUCUUUCCACUUAUGCUGAGCAAAAAUUGUCCAGAUAAAUUUUCAUUCUCAUCCUGCAAAUUUAAUAUUCAAAAGAGCAAAGAGGGAACAGGAAGGGUGGUGAUGUGGAAAAUGGGAAUCAGGAACAGCUUCACCAUGGAGGCCACUUUUUGUGGAUCUACUCUGGGUAAUAAAAGAGGCACUCAUUUCAACACAAAAGACUUGGAGUCAAUGGGAUAUCACUUUUGUGAUUCUCUCUUGGACUACUGUGAUCCAGACCGAACCAAGUAUUAUCAGUGCCUGAAAGAAUUAGAAGAAAUGGAGAAGCAUAUAAACUUGGAAAAAGUCAUUGAUGAUUCAGAUACUUCUCUGAAAGAAAUUACAUUGGAUCUAGAGACUAGUAGCCAUGCCUCUGACAGUUCAGAAUCCAAUGACUCUCAGACUGAUCUUCUCAAGUUAAAUUCUCAGAUAAAAACCAAGAAAAUACAACUAAAAACAAAGAAGGAAAGAAACUCUACCAUAGCAAGACAUCAAAACAUCAGAGAAGAAGAGCAAGAGGUUUGUGAUAAAGGACAUUUAGUUCAAAGACACAAAGAAUCAGUUUCUGAUGUGACAGAUACAAGGCCUUCUAUAUCAGAUGACUGUAUAUUUGAUUAUUUCAGAAGACAGCUCCCUAACCAAGAGAGAAGCCUUGAGAGUUCCCUACUCUCACCUCCUACAGAUGACAGGACCCAAGCACAUGCAGCCUUUGACUGACAACACCUGGUGACAAGCAGUUUACCAAACUGCAGUUGAUUCAUUCCACUGCUUGAGAGCAAUGCUCUUUUUAUGUUGAGUUUAAAGCACAUGUCCCUGUAAAUUUUAACUCACCUCUUUAACAACAUAGAGCAAAAAAAAAAAAAAAGAAGAAGAAACUUUAAAGGUAAACAUUUCUGAUCAACUCAUUUUCCCUAAUCCUCCUUGCUUAUUUCUUAAUAAUGUAUUGCCUCUUCCACAUGACAGAUCAUAAGUAUUUUUUAAAGCUAUUAUUUAUUUACCUGAAAUUUUCCUUUCCUUUCUUUCAGCCAUCCAUAAUAUGAUUCAAGUCCCUUUACUAUCGUAUUUUACUCUUUUCUGUCACUACUCAAGCUUGAAGGAAACUGAACACAGUAUUGCAGAUGUCAUCUAACCAGGACAGUCAUUCCUUGGUAUUUGAGGGGGACUGGUUCCAGGAACCCCACAGAGACCAAAAUCUGAGGAUGCUCAAGUCCCUCAUGUAAAAUGGCACAGUAUUUGCAUACAACCCAUGCGUAUCCUUCAGUAGCUCUAGAUUAAUAUAACACUUAAUACAGUGUAAAUGCUAUGUAAACUGUCGCCAGUGCACAGCAAAUUCAGGUUUUGCUUUUGAGAACUUCUUGAAAUUUUUUUCCUACUAUUUUGAUCCACAGUUGGCUGAAUGCAGAUGUGGAACCCACGGAUAUGGAUGCCUAACAAUACACAAUAAAUUAUCUUUCUCAUUUGCUUCUUUCUAGAUACCAGAUUCACAUUAAUGCAGUCUAAGAUUACAUAUGUUCUUUUGAAGAUUAUCCUAAAAUACUGACACGCUGGACUCACAAACACUCAAACCUAUAGUUUUAUUUUGAUACUGCCACUGUGUCUCCUCCAUUCUCUUCCUUCAGUUGUGGUCUGGUGUUUUGGUCUCGUGUAUGGAGUCUUAAAUUUAUCCUUGUUACACUAAGUCUUCUUCGAUUCAGCCUUCCAGGAGCUCGUUCUUGAUGAUGUCACGUUGUUGACCACACACACAUGUAUACACCUUACACACACACAGAUCUACACAUGUAUCUGACCUCUGGUCAAAGCUUCAGCCUCUUACAUUUAACUAUGUGCUAUGUAUCUUCACACAAAUGUCCCUCACAGCCAAAUUCUAAUUCAUCUAAUCCCACACUGCAUGCUGUUCCUUCUGUAUUCACUGUAUCUUUGGUAACAAGUAUAUCUAUGUAACUACCAAACUAGAAAGCUGAUAAGUUAUCUUUUUUCUUCUUGCACUUCCACCACUCAUAUUUAGAG